UUUGAGGCAGUUUGCAUCCAUUCACCAUUUGCGCUUUCCCUUUACACGAUCCUUUGCGUGACAUCCAGAGCAUGCGUUAAAUGGAAUAGGCUAUGCCAGCAUAUGAGGUCUCUUUGAUCACAAGAUCACUGGCAAAGGCUGAUCUAGUGAAAGCCCUGGUCAGAGCUGGAAACGUGCUGCUCGACAAUGGUGCCGUUAUAGAAAAAGUGGAAUCAUUAGGAUUUCGAGAUCUCCCGUAUAAGAGAAUCACGAAACAAACACGCGAGCCGGUCUACGCGUCGAACUUCUUCCUCUUUCAUGCGCAUAUGUCAAGAGAUGCCAGAGAUACGACGAAAUCUGUAUUGAUGCAUGAUCUGGACAUGGAAAAAGAAAAAUGCAAUUUAGAAGAGAUUCUGAAGCCGCCAGCAGAGCGUAAGGCCGUGAAAGAGCUUCGAGAAAAUCAAAAAAUGGGACACUUUACACGACAGAUGAUUUACAAACGAACGGAAAAAGAAUGGAAGAGCAUUCCAAAAAGUUAUCCUAUUGCUCCACCUCGGCCGUAG